CCCACGCGGGCAUGGCUGCUUUGGGAACUUUGCUCUGGAGUGAGUGGGUCAGGGUGUCCGAAGGCUGCACUGCAGCGCGGCGGCCCGGGCGGGCGGCCGGUGGCGCCUGCGGCAGGGCCUGGCCGCCAGCCCCUCCGGGUACGGGCCGCUCACCGAGCUCCCGGACUGGUCCUACGCGGCCUCCAGAGUGCUGGGAUCAUAGGUGCACCGCACCCGACCCCGACCCCUGCUUUGAACUCACUGUGUUGCCCAGCCUGGCCUCAAGCUCUCAGUCCUCCUGCUUCAGCCUCCCUGCUGGGAUUCUGGGCCUGUAGUCCACACCCAACACAUGAAGGGCUUCUGAAGAUACACAGUGGAUUCAGGCUAACAAGUAAUGGCCGUCCUGCUCCCCCAAUGAAAGGCCAGCUUCAAAGAAAAGCUCAAAGGGAGAAGUUCGCAAGACGAGUUGUACUGCUGUCACAGGAAAUGGAUGCUGGGUUACAGGCAUGGCAGCUCAGGCAGCAGGAGAAGUUGCAGGAGGAACAACGGAAACAGAAAAACGCUCUUAAGCCCAAAGGGACCUUGCUGCACAACCCACUCCCAAGUCAAUAAAGAGGGACUCCUGUCCCCUUCCCUAGCCUCUAGCUUUCUUUUCCAUCACCUGGAUGUCUCAUCUCAGCUGGAAGACUGUGUGCCCCCCUCCCAUUUAUCUUUGGAGCAAAAGAGCUGGCACACCAGGAAGAACAGGCUGUGAGGUCAUUGUCUGGGAGGCGGGGCGCAGUGCCCUGAUCCCUGGCUCACACACACCACACCACACCCUCCCCCCUCCAUUCUUCUGAAUGUUGCUCUGGGGCUUUUACCCCUCCUUUGCCAGCCACAGGACUGGCCUAACUUAGGAGCAACAGCUGCUCUGUGAACACGAAAAGUGGGCAGUGGUUUUCCUGGCUUUAGCCUGCACUCAAGCAUGGCUAUGCACAGCUCAACUGCAUGCUGUUGCUCUUUCACUAAUGCUUGGAAAAGAUAGUUAAAUAAAUGCAAGCAGUGAUGAAAAAGG